GACCGAGGAGAUGACGAGAUGAGAUGUAAAACCUGGGCCCCCCUCCUGUGACUGCCGAGGACCCGCUGGCCCCAGACAGACAAGAGGACUUUCUGUGAAUUUACAGUUUUACCCUCCUAGCGGAACAGCGGAAAGAAGAAGACCGGUGUCUUACAUGUCACCCAUGGGAUUACGUGGUGGAUAAGGGGCCAGAGAAGCGGACCGCUAAACGCCUACAGUAUAUAUACAGGAGCACCAAGCUUUACCAUGUCGCUGAAACUACCAAGGGGCUGGGAAUUCUCUUUGAAAUCUGACUUUGGAAGAAUGGUGCGGUCAGUCAGUAUGAUGACGAGUGAUCAUGCUUUGCCUUCUGCACGGGUUCACAACUCUUUGGAGAAGCCAACAAAAUGUGGUUGGUUGAAAAAGCAGCAGAAAUCAUUUGUGAAAAACUGGCAGCAAAGGUACUUCAUACUGAAAGGACAGUAUCUCUACUUUUACAAAGAUGAAGAUGACAGCAAACCGCAGGGUUUCCUGUUUUUAGCAAGAAGCACAGUAAGCGAGGUAUCCUGCAGCCCAGAUGAUGCGGGAAAAUUAAUCUUUGAGAUUAUCCCAGAUCUGAGCAAACCCACACAAGAUGGCUAUAUACUUAUGGCAAAUUCUCAAGCAGACAUGGAAGAAUGGGUGAAAUCCAUCAAAAGAGCAGCUGGAUUCCAAUCAGGAGCUGUAUUUGGCCAGCAUCUGACAGACACCAUAGUGUAUGAGAAGAAAUAUGGAAGGCACAUGGUUCCCAUAUUAAUGGAAAAGUGUGCAGACUUUAUCCUAGAGCAUGGGCUGAAUGAAGAAGGGAUAUUCCGACUUCCUGGGCAGGACAAUCUGGUGAAGCAACUGAAGGAAGCAUUCGAUGCAGGAGAAAGACCUUCGUUUAGGAGAGACACUGAUGUCCACACUGUGGCAUCUCUGUUUAAACUGUAUCUGAGGGAGCUGCCUGAACCCGUCUUUCCAUGGUCCCAGUAUGAAGAUUGUCUAGCAUGUGAAAAUACAAUGAGCAUUGAUGAGGAGAAGGGCCAUGGAGAACUCAUGAAACAGAUAAGACUCCUUCCAAAAGACAAUUACAAUCUCCUCAGCUUCAUAUGCAGAUUCUUAUAUGAAGUACAGAAAAACUCCAAUAUAAAUAAGAUGAGUGUAGAUAAUCUAGCCAUGGUGAUAGGAGUCAACCUUCUGAAGCCAAAGACAGAAGAACCAGUGGCUCUAAUGAGAGGUGCCCCACAGAUUCAGAAACUAAUGACCGUGAUGAUCAGAAACCAUGAAAAAUUCUUUCCUAAAACCAAUGACCAGCUAGUGGAAGCCAAGAUGCAAAGAAAUGAUCUGAAAAAAGUGCAGAUUACACGUAGUUCAGUUGGUUGGGAUGCAGCCGAAGACACUGUCUCACCUUCAGGAGAUUCAUCUAAAACAGAUAGGAAAUACUCAGGUGAUUCUCGUAACUCUUCGAUCUCGGAUGAUAGCAUAUCUUUUCAUGAUGACUACAUUCCUGAAAUAGUCGAUAACACAGAAUCAUGGAAAGCUAUUCCCAGAAAGAGAACUCAAACUAUGCCUAUUAUAAAUUUUUCUACAGUGAAAAAUCUGGAUGACAACAAUGCCAAAGCCCUCAAAGAGGAAAUAUUCAGUGGUGAAUUUUGGGCAUCUCCCAGUGGGCGAAAGGCUUAUUUAUCUACUAGCCACAAGAGAACAUUGUCAGAAGAACUGUCUCAACAUCGUACAUCAACCUAUGAUAAUGUUCCUUACCCCCAAAGUGAUUGUAAAGGUAGUUCAGGGUCAGGAACAUUUGAGUCACGUACUAUGAGCAGUGAAGGCCAGCAAAGAACAAGCUUCCUAAGGAAUGGGGUUAACUGUCCUUUUACUGAGAGUAAAGAUGAAGACAACUGUGAGAGGUUGGUCAACUCUCUAGAAGAAAUGACAAUUCACCAGAAGAAACUUGAGGACCGCAUUAAAAGCCUAGAGAAAGAAAAUUAUGAUGUAUGGAAGAAAGUAGUGAAAUUAAACGAGGACUUGGAAAAAGAAAGAAACCAGCGUAAGGCGCUGGAAAUCACAUUGCAAAACAUGGAGCGAUCACGUGAUGAUGCAGAAAGGAGACAUCUGAAGCAGGAAAUUUAAGGUUUUGUGAGAGCCAUGAGUCAGGCUGGAAACAAGCUGGAAUAACUACAAUAGAAGCAGAAAGGAGACUGUCGUCAUUUCACCAAAUUGCAGACCAAACCCUUGAGAGAUAACAAAGGACAAAUACAGAUGAAAGACUGGAGGAACGUCUGGAGUCCAGCUUGGCUCCUUGGGUAGGAAACUUCUCCAUAAAGACUAGAGAUGGAAGACUACCUUUUUGUAUAGUCUGCUGUCCACCUUCACUGCCAAUACUUGGAUGUAACCACUGAUAUAUUUUUGUAUUGAUUAGCGAUAAGCCUGUAUCUAUAUAUAUAUAUAUAAAGGACGUAUAUAUGUA